AUGCAUGAUCAGCCUAUCAACCUCAAUAUUUCAAGGGUUACCCCUGAAAGUUCCGUUUGGCCCUUGGUUAGCCUUAGAAGCCCGAAUCCACAAAUACCUGGAGGUGGAAGUCGAGAACAACAACUGGACGAGCCCGCACCGCAGCCAGCGUGCCUAGGUCACAGUCGGGUUCCGGGCCCAGGAAACCGUUCCCACAGAAAUAGCCCCGCUGCUCUCAAAGGCGCUUGCGCCUUUCCUUUCCCCGCCCCCAACCGGAACACCAAGGGGCGGGGCUCGCGAACGGUGAGAGCGAAGCUCGGUUUCCGAGUGCAGCCUCGGGAGAGCGUGGAAGUUUCGCUCGCCGGGCUUGCAAGGAGUAGUGGCGGGGAACUGGGGGACCGAGAGCGUGAGGACACCAAAGGCGUGGGUGCCCGAAGCGUAUGCGGGCUUCUUUUCCGCAUUUCGCCCGGGCGCGCUCCUCUCCGGAGCACGUUCUUCGGCGUCCUGGCUGCCCCUGCCUGGAUCGUGGUGGUCCGAGUGGUGGCCUGGAUAUUCCUCUGGGAGUCAACCUGCACUACAGCUACCGCCCUCAAUGUCGCACCCACCGACGCGGGCAUAAGGGCCACUUGCUCUGAAAUUAUUUUGCAGCAAGAAGUUCUGAAGGAUGGUUUCCACAGAGACCUUUUAAUAAAAGUGAAAUUUGGAGAAAGCAUGGAGGACUUACAGACCUGCCGCCUCUUAAUUAAACAGUACAUCCCAACAGGACUUUUUGUGGACCCAUAUGAGUUGGCUUCAUUACGAGAGAGAAACAUAACAGAGGCAGUGAUGGUUUCAGAAGAUUUUAAUAUAGAAGCUCCCAACUAUUUAUCUGAGGAAUCUGAAGUUCUCAUUUAUGCCAGACAAGAUUCACAGUGCAUCGACUGUUUCCAAGCUCUUUUGCCUGUGCACUACCGCUAUCAUCAGCCACAUAUUAAAGAUGAAAAAAUCUUUCUUGUAGUCAAUAACCCUGAUUUACUGAUGUAUUGUGACCAAGAGUUUCCAAUUUUGAAAUGCUGGUCUCAGUCAAAAGUGGCAGCUCCUUGUGCUUUGAAGAGUAAGGAUAUUUGCCAGUGGAACAAUCUGAAAUAUAAAUCAGCAUAUGAGAAUGUGACUUUACAGGUUCCAGUGGGACUGACCACACAUACCUCUUUAGUAUGUUUUGUGACUCUGCUUGUUACCAUCCUUUGUGCUACUUUGAUUCUUGUGGCUGUCUUCAAAUAUGGCCAUUUUUCCCUAUAAGUUUUAUGCAAUUAAAUGCUUUCCAUAAACCUAAGUAAAACCUAA